GAAAUUUGAUCAUCGCACCCGAGUCCCGACGCCACUUCGAAUUCGGUGCCUUUCUGCAUCAUAAUUUUUUGACGUUCGGGACAGUACUGCAAAUGAGGCUACCACGACGUGUGCCAUGGGCAAAUAUCAGCGAGCUCGAUCAGCUCUGUUCGUGGGUUUUCAUGGAUGAGGGCGAUCUCGAGGCGAAACGGUUCGCGAUUAACAGAUUAUCGGCAUGGAGAGCUGUGACUGCAUUGCCUCAUGCGCUGGAGUCUACUCUAUCUAUCCUAACGGCACGGUUGCUUGAUACCUCCGAAACACCACAGAACUCUUCAUGGCUGAGUCUAAGGCAGAACUAUGCUGCUGCAAUCAUACGGAUGGUAAAUGGUCUCGUCGAUCCUUUGCAGGCGGGAGCAUACGCGAGAUCUAUAGCAUCUAUCGCCGCACAGCUAGGGUUACCUUCAUGGUUAGUGGAAUUGAGGCAUGCAGCCACCCACGAAGACCUUCCCAGCCUUGAAAUGCUAAGGGAAGCGGCACGGGAGUCACUGACAUGGUUGUUGCACAAUUACUUUCUUCCCACUAUAAACCCUUCAGCUCCUAGACCGAGUACGGCGCCCCCUUUGCGACCGGUUACUCCACUUUUAAAGCAAUACAAGACACUGCUGAAGCUUGUUACGCGUGAUGCUUCCCUCCGCAAACAACAUCAACCUGACAUCGAUGCAAUCAUGCGAGAUGUCGAGCGAUGGCUUGCAGAAGCUAAGCUAGCCGCAGAUUUCGCGGCUGAUGCGUACGGGUGGGAUACCAUUGAUGGCAAUGAUAUCGAACAAGAGGAUCCUAGAGAAAAGUGGGCGUUGGAAAGAUUUUGCGAUGCCUUGGUUGGGAAGGGUGCUCUUGUAUCUCUCUCACAAAAGAAGAGAACCCUUCCGUCUGACGAAUUUGUGCCUCCUCACUCGUCGCUUGCGUUAUGGACUCCGUUAUUGGCCCACACACAAACAUAUCAUCCUACUUUCCCAUCUGUUCUGACCACUCGGAUUAUGGAAAACAUUCUUUACGAGCCGCCAAACACAGGAUUUGACAUGGAUGUCGUUUCGUUCGAGGUAGACGACUCGCAAAACGACCCCUCGUAUCAUUUGGCUCUCGCGAAAUGGGCUGCAUGGGUUAUCAAGACGUAUGACCAUGGUCAGGAAAAUGGAGAGUUGAGUCUUCGGAAGAAUCUGAUUGUUCUACUCGCUUCUACCCUUGCUCCGGGUAAGACGGAAGGGGUAAAGAAGAUCGAAGUAUUGGCCGCUCUUCUCAGGGCGGUGACCUCGGGUUUCGCGGAACUGCAGAAAGCAUCCGAUAUGCUACUCUCUGCCACGUGCCCAAUGCAACUGCAGAAUUGGGAUGCGGGUGAUCUGACAGUGAUGAAUGAGCGGCUUCACUCUUUAAUGUCUCUUGAUGACGGGUCUCACAAAUACAUGGAUGACCCAGACUCAGCGCCCACUACAUCAUUGCCGGCGCAGGGUUCGGAUAUAGGCGAGUGGAGAUUGCUGGACCAUCAAAGCGGCUGGAAGUCGUGUCCUAUAGGUGUUUACUAUUCACACCAACCUGCAUUCGAUAGUGACAUAGUGUAGACAAUUGACUUAUGUUUUCUAUGUCACACGAGUCACUUAGUCACGCCACACCACGCUUGCUGCG